GGAGUUUGUGGACUUCAAUCCUGGAGUGAGACCCUGCUGGAGAUCGAGCCGAGCAGAAUGAAGCUGUUCUGGGGACAAACCCUGAACCAGAUCCUGAUCCUGACGCUGGUCUGCGGGUCAGUGUGUGCCGGACGGCCCUCAGUGUUCAUGAGUCGUGCGGAGGCGAACCGGCCGCUGCAUCUGCGCGUGCGCAGGGCGAACUCUUUCCUGGAGGAGCUGAAGCUGGGAGAUCUGGAGCGCGAGUGUCUGGAGGAGAUCUGCUCCUAUGAGGAGGCCAGAGAGAUCUUCACCGUCCCUGACCAGCUGGAGGACUUCUGGAAGAAAUACACAGAGGUGGAUCACUGUCAGUCGGAGCCGUGUCAGAACGGAGCCACGUGUGUGGACCAGAUCAACACAUACAUCUGCAUCUGUCCAGUCAACUUCGAAGGGCGACACUGUGACAAAGAACUCUCCUCGCCCUCUUCAUACGGAUGUCUGUACCGGAACGGCGGCUGCGAGCACUUCUGUGUGGAAACCAGCGAUUCCACUCACACCUGCGACUGUGCGCCCGGAUACACACUACACACAGACAACAGCAGCUGCGUGCCCACGGCUGAUUUCCCGUGUGGCCGGCCGGUGGCGAAGGGUGUGGGUCCGAGGAUAGUGAAGGGUGACGUGUGUCCUAAAGGCCAGUGUCCGUGGCAGGCUUUACUAGAGUAUGACGGACAGUAUAAAUGCGGCGGUGUGAUUCUGGACUCGCAGUGGGUCAUCACCGCCGCUCACUGCAUCUGGAAGAAGGAUCCAGCGCUCUUACAAGUCACAGUCGGUGAGCACAUCCGCGACAGAGAUGAAGGCACGGAGCAGAUGAGGAAGGUGUCUGAAGUCUUCCUCCACCCUCAGUAUAAUCACUCCAGCACAGACAGUGAUGUGGCUCUGCUGCGUUUGCAGCGGCCUGUGACUCUCGGACCCUUCGCCCUGCCCGUCUGCCUGCCUCCGCCCAACGGCACCUUCAGUCGCACCCUCGGCUCCGUCCGCAUGUCCACGGUGAGCGGCUGGGGCCGGCUGGCGCAGUCUGGGCCUCCGUCUACGGUGCUGCAGCGGCUGCAGGUGCCGCGGGUCUCCUCGGAGGACUGCAGGAGCCGAUCCGGCCUGACCGUCAGCAGGAACAUGCUGUGUGCCGGCUUUGCCGAGGGCGGGCGUGACUCCUGCCAGGGCGACAGUGGCGGCCCGCUGGUCACGCGCUACAGGAACACCUGGUUUCUGACCGGCAUCGUCAGCUGGGGGAAAGGCUGCGCUCGCGCCGACGUCUACGGCAUCUACACACGCGUGUCUGUGUUCGUGGAGUGGAUCCUGAAGACUGUGGCCAUAAAUAUGAGUCUGCUGUUGGUGUUUUCUGUGCUCUUGAGUCUCCAUUACUGCCAUUCAGCAGCAGUGUUCAUGAGCAGAGAUGAAGCUCACAGGGUGUUGAUCCGAGGCAAACGGGCGAACUCGGGCUGGUUUGAGGAGAUGAAGACGGGGAAUCUGGAGCGCGAGUGUCUGGAGGAGAAAUGCUCGUAUGAGGAGGCGCGCGAGGUGUUCGAGCACACGGAGGCCACGAAUGAGUUCUGGAAGAUCUACGAUGUUAAAGAUCACUGCGCAUCAGCUCCAUGUGAGAAUGAUGGGCUCUGCACCUCACAGAACGCAGACUCCUACAUGUGUCUGUGUGCGCCGGGCUUCAGCGGACGCCACUGUGAGCAAUCGAUUGGAGACGUUCCCGACUCCUGUCUGCAUGAUAACGGCGGCUGCGAACACUUCUGCGUGGAGCAGGACGGACGGAGAAACUGCUCCUGCGCAGACGGAUAUUACCUAGAUAACAGCGUGCAGAAGUGCCGGACUCACGAGGUGUUUCCAUGUGGGAAGGUUCCUCUCCUGCAGGCUGGAGGAGCAGCAGAUCAUCAGGUGGAUCUCAGAUCUCGUAUCGUUGGAGGAUCUGAAUGUCCUAAAGGUCACUGUCCAUGGCAGGUGCUGCUGAAGUACGGUGAGAAGGGUUUCUGUGGAGGUGUGAUCUACAAGCCCACCUGGAUCCUCACAGCCGCUCACUGCUUAGAAAAGCUCAAAGUCAAGUUCCUCAGGAUAGUGGCAGGUGAGCAUGAUCUGGAGGUGGACGAGGGCACGGAGCAGCUCAUCCAGGUGGAUCAGAUGUUCACACACCCUGCGUAUGUGUCUGAGACAGCGGACAGUGACAUCGCCCUGCUGCGUCUGCGCUCACCCAUCGUCUACAGUGUGUAUGCGGUGCCGGUGUGUCUGCCGCUGCGGGAGAUGGCGGAGCGAGAGCUGUGGGCGGUCAGCAAACACACGGUGAGCGGCUGGGGCAAACGCAGCGAGGACGGGCCCACCUCUCGCCUGCUGCGCCGCCUGCUGGUGCCGCGCAUCCGCACGCAGGAGUGUGUGCAGGUCAGCAACCUCACGCUCACCAGCAACAUGUUCUGCGCCGGAUACAUCGAGGGCCGGCAGGACUCCUGUAAGGGCGACAGCGGUGGCCCGCUGGUGACCCGGUAUCGAGACACCACCUUCCUGCUAGGCAUCGUGAGCUGGGGGAAAGGCUGCGCUCGCCCAGGCUCCUACGGCAUCUAUACACGCGUCUCCAACUACCUGCAGUGGAUCCGUCAAACCACCAACACCACGAUACACUGAUGAAGACAUGAACCCUGGGUGCUGAUCAACACGUGCAUUGUUUAUCAAGAGAGCAAACAUGGCUAUUCUUAGGUGAACAAUUGACAAAUAUUAACUAUUAUGGUUAAUAUUUAUUAAAAACAUCAAUAUUAUAUUCAAAAUAAAAGAUAUUUAUAUUAAUUAUGAAGUGCCCGCAAUUUCUUUAAUUAUCCUAAUAAUUGAGCAUCAGCUGCUUCCUGACAUUCUAUACAUAUUAGACUCAGAUCUGAUAUUUUGCACAAGUUGUUCAUUCAGGUAAUGUCCAUCCAUUCAUUCAUUCUUUUUUUCAGCUUAAUCCCUUUAUUAAUCAGGGGUCGCCACAGUGGAAUGAACCGCCAACUUAUCCAGCACAUGUUUUACUUAGCGGAUGCCCUUCCAGCUGCAACCCAUCCCUGGGAAACAUCCAUACACACUCAUACACUACGGACAAUUUAGCCCACCCAAUUCACCUGUACCACAUGUCUUUGGACUGCUGAAGGUUCAAAUCAGCGACCUUCUUGCUGUGAGGUGACAGCACAACCUACUGCGCCACCGUGUCGCCCUGCUUUUUUUAAUGUAUGUAAUGAUUUUGCUCUGAUUAUUCAGGAGGCGUGCAGCUCAUUAUCUCCAUAUUAUUAAUAACAAACACUAGCUUUAAAUGAAUCCAAAAGCAGCCAUUAAAUAUCAGCACAUCCCUGUUUAAAGCUCGUGUUCACAUCUGAUUUUCUGUUGUUUAUAUGCUCUCUGAUGUUUGUUCAUCACUGCCUCUUUAUCAAAUAAAUAAUGCAGUUGUAUUUCAAAA